AUGGCACGGCUAUGUUCAGCAAAAAGAAGAACUGUCUGCCUGGGCGUCCUGUUGCUUUCCAUCCUGCAGAUGUUAGUGUACUUUAUGUCUACACGUCAUAUAGGCAAUGUACACAUGCAGAGCGGCAUACAUUCCACACGUUACGGUGACCAUUUACUCUUGAGGAACGGAACGUUGAGUAUUGCUAUUUACGGUCGACUUGGAAAUCAAAUGUUCGGGUACGCUUCAAUCCUUGGACUGGCUUACACGAUGAAUUUUAGCAAUAUUGUUAUAGAUGGCGGUGGUGACCUGUUAUCAUCGUUUCAACUUUCAAACAAUAUGGUAUCUUUCUCUCCAAUACCGCUCAAUGCCAAACAUGUGGAAGAAAUGCGAUGCUGUGCUUUUGACGAAAGACUUACCAUGUUCAGUAAUAAAGAGGAUAUUAAUGUUGUCGGAUACCUAUUGUCUUGGAAAUAUUUUUAUAAUAUUGAAAAACAUAUCAGAAAGGAAUUUACUUUUGUUACAAGUAUACUUUCUAAGGCCAAACAAAUUAAACUUGACAUCGCUUCAAUGUUUAACGACACAUCACUAUUUAAAAACCGCACAUACAUCGGUGUACACAUUCGAAGAGGAGACUUCCUCCUUGAAUCGAAAAUUAAAUUCGGCCAUUAUCCUGUUUCGAAGGACUAUAUUAUUCACGCAAUACAACUGUGCACUAAAAUGUUUGGAGAAGAUAUAAUAUUCGUAUUUUGUUCUGACGACAUAAGGUGGGUAAAACGUAACUUUUCAAACUUCACCGACAAGUGGAAGAUGGCGUUUGUCGAGGACAACCCUGCCGCUGUUGAUAUGGCCGUUUUGAGUUUGUGCGACCAUACCAUAGUAACAACAGGUUCCUAUGGCUGGUGGGCGGCCUGGCUGGCGGGAGGGAAAACUAUCAUUUCUAAACAGCAGGCAAGGAAUGGAUCUUACCUUAGUACUCAAUUUGCAUAUCCGGAUUACUUUUAUCCAGAUUGGAUAAUCAUCGAAUGAGUGUGUCGAUAAUGCAUGUAUUGACUGGACAAGUGCUGAAAUUACUUUAUUGUUGCCUUUUACUGGUUACGAAUUUUGCAUUUGCCUGUUAAAUGAAAAAUAAUAUCACCUUUCAUGAUCACUUGUUUAAACUUGAUUGAUAACUAG